AUGGAGCAACAGGAGGAAGAAUAUAAGAAAGAAAAGGCCAUCUUAAUACAUGCACAAUCUAGGUUACAAAAUCAAUUAAAAGCUUCUAUGGAACGAGAAAGGCACAUAGCAAACCGUUUCACAUUGUAUGAGGCAGAAGUGGUGACCGAAAGAAAUCAAUGGAUGGAAGAGCGUGAAGAAUUUCAUAACCAAAUUGAAGAGCUUCAAGCACAUGAAGAGCAUCUGAGUGAUGCAGUUGUCACUACUGAAGAAUGGUUGCAGAAAUGUCACGAGAAUGUGGAGGAGGCCAAAGGACAAGUGCUUCAGUUGACAGAGAGCUUGAUUGAUGUUUAUGGUGGUCAUCUCCAUCGAAGUGAUGAGAGCUUGGGUCGAGAGUCGCGUGCACUAGCCCCACAUCUGCCGAAAGCUUUGUUCAAGGCUCAAGAACCUGAGUACUUCCAAUAUCUUCUCUCCGCAAUGGGCAAGCCUUUCGCCGAAGCGAUUAAGAUCGGAGAAAUGGUAGAGAAUGGCAUAAAGUCGGGUAAGAUUGUGAGUCAAGCAGUCAUUAGAGCUACCACAAAAGCAAUACAAAGUGGAUCCGGUGAUUUUACCAAUCGAAAAAAGAAGGAGGAAGGGUCCAUGACGGCAUCUGGAUCAAGAGGUGUUCAAAUGGGCAUGAACCAUCCUUAUGGUCAAGUCCAACAAGAACAAUAUAAUUCUCCUCAGCAUUAUUACCCGUCCCAAUAUGCAGUUCUCAACACUCAGGCAUAUGUUCGGCCUUUUUCGCGCCAACAAUGGCGGGGGCCUGCCCCACAAGUUUCUCGCCCCCAACAACAAAAUUUCCAGGCGCCAUACAAUCCACGUCCCCGAACAAACUAUACGAGAGAACAAGGUCAAAAAGAAAAUUUUACCCCAAUUGGGGAAUCGUAUACGAGUUUGUUACGAAAAUUAAUACAAUUGAGACUGGUUGAACCUGUCAAUCCGUACAUUAUCAAACCAAAUGCAAGAGGCUUUGAUCAAACUGUUUAUGUAAUCGAGGUACGCAAUGAGGAAGCACCAAAUGUCACCAAUAACCCAUUCCCUGCUCAUAAUAAUGAGCGUGUUGUGGGGAUGGUUGACAUUUUUGAAGAUUAUGAGCAAAUAAGUAGAACAAAAGUGGAAAGCAAGGUUUCAAAAGAAGAGUCUAGUAUGGUUUUAGAACCCAUACAAAGGUCACCGAUAAUUGUUAAAGGUGCACGUCGAAUUUUGGAAAGUCUGAAAGAGCCAGUUGUGAUACAAAUUGCAACACACCUUCUGAUCACAAACACCAAGGCUGUUCCAUGGAACUACAACAACGUCGUCGUUACUCACAAGGGAAAGGAGAUUAUCGAAGAAACAAAUGAAACAAGAGGCUUAACUCGUUCCGGAAGAUGUUAUGCUCCGGAAGAAUUAAAAAGGGACAAACAAAUCAAAGAAAAUCAGUUGCCGAUGAAAAAACCAGUCACGGAGGAAGAUGCUGAAGAGUUUCUGAAAAAGAUGAAAGCUCAAUAUUAUUCUGUUAUAGAUCAGUUGAGGAAAACGCCUGCUCAAAUCUCUUUAUUGUCAUUACUCAUACAUUCUAAAGAACAUCGUGAAGAGUUGACCAGAAUUUUGAAUGAGGCACAUAUCUCAGAAAAUAUUACAAUGGGUCACUUGGAAAAGAUGGUCAAUCAAAUUUUUGAGGUAAAUAGAAUCACUUUCACUGAUGAUGAAUUGCCCUUGGAAGGACCUGGACAUAAUAGGGCUCUACAUUUAACCGUCAAAUGUGAAGAGAAUUGUGCAAAACGGGAUACUCUUGGUGAAAUAUACUUAAUUGUUACAAUUGGAUCAGCGGAGUUUGGAAUCACUUUCAAAGUUAUAGACAUGGACACGUCUUACAAUCUUCUUUUGGGUAGGCCAUGGAUCCACAUGUCUAGAGUUGUGCCAUCUACUCUACACCAAGUUGUCAAGUUUGAACAUGACAAACAAGAAAUCAUUGUCCAUGGUGAAGAUGAUCUCCCAAUCACCCGAGAUCUUUCAAUACCAUGUAUUGAGGCUAAAAGAGGUUGUGAAUCCCUCAACUAUCAGGCUUUGGAGAUAAUAACAGUUAAUCAGUUCUUAGAAGGAAAGCCUAUCCUCCAACCUCAUCAGUCCUCUACUUCAGUCAUGGUGGUGGCUCAAAUGGUACAAAACGGAUAUGAACCUGGAAAGGGGUUAGGUUUGUAG